UAUCUGAGACACAGGGAGGAAGAGGAAGCGCAUGAGACUGGCAGCAGUGUUGACAAAGGAUCACUGGCUGAAAAGGUUAAAGAGGAAGUUAGUGAGAAGCUUCCGGAAAAAAUCCUCAUCUCUAAAUCACCCUCUCAGCCUCAGUCCACAACAGUAUCAACAGCUGGAUCUGAUAACACCAUUCCUGAGCCCCAGGUAGAAGAGCCUCUUAGGGUUAAUCUAUUCAGUGGCGCCGCAUCCAUUAAUGAUGAGGUCAUCGGUGUGGGUUUGUCCAUUAAAGAUGACGUCAUACAUGUCAGCCCACCACUCAGUGCUGAGCAGCCAAUAAGCAGCCAGCCUCUCAAUGUAAACACAGAGGACAAAAUGAAACAAAAGAGAACAGAGGAAAGGAAGGAAGAGAGGAGACAAAAUGAUGAGAAGGCAACAGAGGAGAAGGAAGCAGAGGAGAAGGAAGCAGAGGAGAAGGAAACAGAGAGGAAGGAAGCAGAGAGGAAGGAAACAGAGGAGAAGGAAACAGAGAGGAAGGAAGCAGAGAGGAAGGAAACAGAGAGGAAGGAAACAGAGGAGAAGGAAGCAGAGGGGAAGGAAACAGAGAGGAAGGAAACAGAGGGGAAGGAAACAGAGGGGAAGGAAACAGAGAAGAAGGAAACAGAGGAGAAGGAAACAGAGGAAGAACAUAAAAAGGGGGAUGAGAAUCUCUCUCAAGAGGAAAAACAAACAGUGGAUAAUCAACAGGAAAUAGAGGAGGACAAGCAGAAAGGAAAAUGGAAUCAGACAAGUACACAACAGCAGAGUAAUGGGACUGAUAAGAAAGCAGGAGAGCCAAUCAGAGAGACCAGAUAUCAGCAUGUGGAACAGGAGCAGACACAAACACUGACAGAAUCACUAGUACUAGUAGCUCUCCAUGAGGAGAAAGAUGCGAGGAGUGAAAUAGCAGACAUCCGAGCCAACAGGCCCUCUCAUAAUCGUUUCUUUUUAGAUUGGCGUGGUGGUGAUGUGCAGGGAGACGACACGGGGAGUGCACAAACAGUUAACGCCGUGGAGCAAACAGGAAGAAAGAGUGUCAGAACAGGUAAAGGAGAGGACAAGACCUCAUCUGACCCCAGCCUGGCUCCUUUCGGCUCGUCUAAGGAUGGGCUUUGUUCCAGUGGAGACUGUAGCUAUUUAUCCUCUCCCUCUGCGUUAGAACAAAGUGUCUACCCCACGCUGCCGGUGCCAGCAACAGUGAAGACACAGGAGCCCUGCGAAGAGACUAGAGACCCCUUUGUACCCGAUUCGACUGAAAAUGCAGCCCUUAACCAAUCAGAUUCAGUGAUUCGUCUGAACCGUUUUGCUCGGCAACAGGAACAAGGACAGCAGCAGGAAAGGCCAGGAUCAAGUACUGCCUCAGAGGACUUAUCAUGUGGUCGUUUAGUUAGACGUGAUGGAGGAGGAGAAUCAGACAACAACAAACACACCGAGUCCCUCACAGCUUCAACACUGUUGCCGGGGUAAC